CAAAAAAAAAUCUGCAAAAUUCCUGAAAUCUUCUGUACGGUGCGUUUAAUUUUCCGUAAUUUGUCCGGAAUUCUCGAGGGCAUAACGAUUAAAGGUAGCGAAAUAGCUAGCCGUGCAGCAGCCAAAUCCGAACCAAGAGUUUUUUCGUUGCGGUCGGUGUUUUCUAAAGCAAUAAACCGGAAACAAAUUUCAUGUAAGACGCGUAACAUAACCGGAAAAGCUUGCCGUCAUUGUUUUCCUGAUUAGGCCAUUUUUCUUUUCGAAUUGAAAUUACUUCGUGACCGGUCCCGAUAUUUGCUGUGGGAUAAUCUACUCUCAUCGACUAACGAAAUCUGAAGAAACUCUUUAAAAGGUGAAAUAUCACAAAAGCAGAAGUCCUCCCGGAUCACUACUUCACUCGGCAGGGAUGCUAUGCUAAUUCUUAUUUUCAUCGGAGCAGCACAGGUUGGACGGAUCGUAGAACGGCUUUUGCUGGGCGGACAACAAGGCUCUUAUUUCUGGCUCUUAAUAUUAUCUCGACGCGUUUCCAACGUUUGGCGUAAGUUUCUUCGCAUGGACAAGAUGGGCAAGGCCGGAUCAACCACCGGAAAUGCGGCCACAGCUAAGAUAGUGUUUGAUAGGGACGAGAAGCAACAUUGCUUCGAAAUCGGAGGCCAAAGUGUGACCGUGGUCGGAAAUGAUGGAAAACAUGAUCAUGGCAGCUCCAAGGUCAAACUGAAGAAUCUGGUGGACUACAAGUGGGAACAGAAAAACUAUCCGGGCCGACUGAUCGCGUGCCAUCGCGAUGGGAAGCUAAUUGCAUACGCUAUUACUGUAAACCAUCGAGCCGAAGGCGUGGUCAGGAUCGUGCAUUUGCUGUUGGGACAGAGGGCUCUCAUCCGGAAGAUGACUGGCGAGGUGUUGGAUCUGCAGUUUGCGCACAUUUCAUCGAACGUGCUACUCGGCAUGAUCGAUCAAGUUGCGCUCCACGUGCAUUCGGUCGAGAUCAUCAACGAAAAGGUUAUCUGCAACUUGGUUAUCAAAAUAGACGACAAAAUCGAGGACCAUGUUCCCCGGGGUGACAAAAUAUCCUGGUGCCCGUACCUGCAGCAUAACGGUUGCGAGGAUGAAUACGCCAGCACCCUGGUCGUUUGGACCCGGGGCACCACCUUCCAGUGUUACAGUAUUAGUUCCGUGGUACGGCACUACGGUGCCCGGGAGAUCUUCGGCCAGGACAUUACCGAGGGUGGAUUCCGGUUUCGUGAGCCAUUGCCCGUCGUUUUGGGAGCUAUUUUUUCAGCUGACGGCUCUACAUUGGCCGUGAGCUGCGAGGACGGUAUAAUUCGAUUCUAUCAAGUUUAUGAACAUGCUAAUGAGAAAGGAAUGCGGUGUCUCCAUCAGUGGAAACCUCACGGUGGCAAAGCUGUUACCAGUUUCUUUUUCCUGGAUAACUAUACGGAACAGGCGGGAGAUCAAACUCUCUGGAAACAUGCCAUCACCUGCGCAGAAAAUAACACCGAGAUUAAAGUGUGGUCUUGUGAAACGUGGGAGUGCACACAAACGAUCACAUUCGAACCAGCCGUUAAUCAACCGGAAUUGAAUUUAAAAGCCGAAAUUGAUCCAACUUCUUCGUUUUUGGUUCUCUCGGAUAUGAACACCCGGGAGUUAUAUGUUUUACAAAUACGCAAAGACCUGUGUACCUCGACUACUACAGGAAAUGGUACCCUUGCCUCGUUAGCCACCGCUAAUGGAAAAAGUUUAACUGAAGAUUUAAAAUCAUCUGAACAAAAUUCCACAUCCACAUCAGAAGUAAGCUCAAGCAGUUCUGGUUCGGUAUCAAAGGCGUACGUGAGUUCGAUCGCUGAGUUUCCACUAUCUUCGCCUAUCCUCAGUUUCAAUAUUCUAAAAGUUGCUGUACGAAAGUGCAAGACAAGUGAUGCAUAUUUGAUCGAAGAAUUGGAUGAUUAUGAUGAGGAAAACAAUUCUCUGUAUUGUGUGGUUUUGCGAAUUUUCCUGGUACAACCUAAAAGUGUCCAGGAGUGUUAUCUGUUCUAUCAACCUAAUGUGCACUUUGAUACCGAUGUACUCAGCACAAUCUCAAACAUAAGCAGUGAAUAUCGGAACAUUUCGCAUAGUUCACAAUCAGCGACAUCCAACAAAGAUUCUGAAUCAGUGGGAAAUGUAAGCAACAUUGUAACAAACACUGUGAACGCACUCAACAAAAAGGACACUUCAUUGUCAAGUUCGAUCAAAAGUGUAUCGAACGAAUCCGACAGAUUGAAAGAACUAGAUAGGAUACAAUCUCCUCAUGUCACGGCAACCAAUAUCAGCGGAAAUAUAUCGUUGAACAACAGCGGAAGUGCUCCCGUAAUGCCGCCCAAACCCGCGGUACAUCUUAUGACGCCUGACUCGUUUACUCCGACUGUUGAUAAAUUAGAAAAAUCCAAACAUGACGAUACAGUAAAUCCAGAUGUUUUGAACACCAUUUUCAUGCUUGCAAAUGUAACCAAGCAACAGCAACAGCAGAAACAAGCUGCAAACGGUACAUCGCCAAACGAGUCUAUCAAGGAAAAACCUUCGCCGCUGAGCAUGCUCAACAUUGUCAACAGCACAAUGAUAGAGGAACAGGAACAAGCUAAAGUUCGCAAGUCAGUCGAACUACAACAAAAGACUUUAUUGGUGACGCCACCUGUUCCGCCUAUGCCUUCUGCAGAAAUGUUAGCUAGCGGUGGCUCCAGUCCAUCGCGUGAAGUUCAGGAAAUUUUAUCGCUCAAGGAAAACGACUGUCUUAAUGAGUACUAUGACUCCGACAAUAUCCUUUUGGAUGAUACCGAUGGGAUUGCUGGUGAUGAUGACGAGUUGAAUGAUUUGGAAAACGAAAUCAUCGACGACGAAGACGAGGAAAUACGGUACAAUUUCAAAAACAUAGACGAUGAUGACGAUGAAAAAGAAGAUAUUCAGCCCCGAAGGGAUCAACCAGAACAAACCGAACGAAAGUUGCCUGAUAUAAAUCCUAUAAACGUAAAAGCCGAUUCCAUCCCCGAAAAAUCUCUUGCUACUACUGAAUCUCCUAGCAGUAGAACCAUUGACUGGCCGAAGGUUCCUGGAGUGCCACUUCCUCCGUUGAAAGAUCUUCCACAGCCUUCCAUGCUUUCCGGCAUUGCUGCUAUACAACCGAACAAACAGAUGGACGAGCUAGCUCAAAAAAUGGAUCGGCUGUUAAACGUAGUAGAAUUACAAUCUCGACAAAUAACUGAACUGCGUUCGCAGGUGUCCGAUCUACAAAAAACGCGUACAGAUGAUUCGAAGUUACUCAAUGAUACUCUGCGGGAAAUGGAAUCCAACGUCAUCGAGCAAACGAGUUCCGAAAAGCGAACUCUGUUUGAUAUUCAUAGUGAGAAAAUCGAAACUAUGUACAGCAAACAUUUUAGCAGCUUGAACUUUACCAUCAUGAACACACUGGAACCGAGAUUGACGCACCAGAUUGUCAACCGAUUAGGGACGAGCCUGAACACUCACCUGGAGAAGACUUGCGAACAGGUCGUGGGCAAAAUAAUGCUUCAAUUUACGAUGUCGAUCGAACAACAGUUGCUGCAAAAAUUCGAUAGCGCCCUCCAAGAGGGUGUACAAAAAACUAUGCGCAAUCAGGUAACUAUUGAUGCUAUCGGUAAUUCCGUCUAUAAAAGUGUUCGAAAAGCAAUGGAAACAUCAUUCCAUGAAGCGUUACGAAACAUCAUUCUACCGAAUUAUGAACGAUGCUCACAGGAACUGUUUUGGCAGCUGAAUAAAGAAUUUUCGGCAGGGUUAAAAGAAUACCUCGAAAAAACGGAAACAUAUAUAUCAUGCAGAAAAGUGAACGAAGAGUUCGAAACCGCACUAAAGGAACAGUUCAAUAAGCUGCGGCAGAACUUAACUGUCAAUGAUCUAGUCCAACCCGCCAGUGUUGCUGCCUUGCGUAAAGAACUAAGCAAUGAUUUUAAAGAAUUCCAAGGAAAUUUGCUAAAAAUGAUUCGGGAAAACGUAAGGACGGAAAUCGAGAAGGGUUUGGAGGCUCAAGCUUCUACUCUAGAGGACUCAGUAUUGUCAGCGGUGCGGUCGCAAGCACAAACCCCAGCGCCCGCUAUUUUGGAUCAUCCCGAACACAUCCGGCAACUACUAGCAACGGGGCGCAUAAACGAUGCAUUCGUUAUAGCCCUUCAGUCCAACGACUUGAAACUAGUGGAGUUCACAAUAAAGCACGCCAAUUACAAGCAGGUGUUCAAUCCAUGUGCUCUAGAACAACGGGUGCUGCUGUCACUGAUUCAGCAGAUUGCAGCCGACAUGUCCAAUAUUAACGAGCUUAAGCACAGGUAUCUCUCUGACGCCAUCGUUAAUCUGACGUUCUUCGACCCCCUUAUGAAUGAACACAUUCAUAAGGUCCUUCAGGAGGUAGCUCGUAACAUUCAGGCCUUUUUGUCAAUGAAUCCCGAUCACGCACUUGCUACCAGCCUUAAGUUGUUAAUGAUUGCCAUCCAAGGCUGUAAAUAUGCCUGAUCUUUGUGGAAGCAACACCAGUAAAAGGUUCGCGAGGACCUGACAGGCGUUACACAUCAUUAACAACCUUUGUCCUGUUUAGAAUUACACUUUUUAUACUAUUUUGUUACGAUUUCGAUCUCACAAUGUUUUACCAUGAUAAGACUAGUUCUUUUAAGGUAGUUGACGUUUCAUCUUAUUCUAAGCUUUCCUUGUGGGAAGUCUAUUGGCAAUAAAUGACCUGCAUUUAUUAUCUUUUUUUUCCUAACUUCAAAAGUGUUUCCAAGCUAAAACGUAGCAGUGCUUCUGAUUAUUUUCCACUUUUGAAACAUUCGACUUGUAUCAUUUCUGUGACACUGAAAUCGAAUAGUAUACAAAAUAAAUCAAGUGUAAUCUAUUGUUUCUGGAUAAA